AUGAUCAACGCCAAGAGAAUUGCUCAACUAGCAAAGAAGUGGCAGAGGGUAGCAGCUCUCGGGAGGAAGCGGCUUACCACAACGGCAACAACAGAAAUCGAAUGGUGCUCAACAGCAGUGGCAGGAAAGGGCCACUGUGUCAUGUACACCACUGAUGGGAGACGGUUCGAGGUGCCAUUGGCAUACCUUAGCACGGUGGUCUUCAGUGAGCUCCUGCGGAUGUCCGAAGAGGUGUUUGGUUUCACGGGCAGCAAAGGAGGGAUCAAGCUGCCCUGUGACGCCAUGGUGAUGGAGUACGCCAUGUCCUUGCUCAGGAGAAGGGCCUCUGCUGAGAUGGAGGCCGUGUUCCUUAGCUCCAUGGUGAUGUCAUGCUACUAUGCAGCUCCACCUGUGGGAGUUAGCCAGCAUGUUAUUGUCUGUAGUUGCUAA